CGCGCAAGCGUGCUCGCUGUAUGCACGCGUUCCAAAGCCAUUCCUUGCUAAAUAAAAAAAAUGAUCCGUCAUUUAAUCGCGCCAAUUACAGAUUAAAUAUUUAUUGAGACGUUCUUUAUUUUUGAAUCGUCAAUGGAACAAUGAUUUUGUAUUGCCAUAUUACGCGUGUGCGUAUUGACUUUUUGUGUUUUGUUUUGUGAUAAUUUUGUGAUAGCGAGUGAUGCCAAGUGGAUAUGCUAGUGAUAAUGUUAACUGUUUAUGGGAUUGGAUUGCACGCUGUAUCGGAACUUAUGAAAAUAAAUCAUGGCAAACGAUCGGAGCAAUGGGACACUUAAACGUGCAACGAACAAAUUUAAACUGAAGUCACAUUGCAAAUAAUGCUAAGUUAUAAAGUGGUCGGGUGAUAUUGUUUAGUGAUGGAUGAAUAAUCGCGGUGAUGGGGUGUGGCCAGAGUAAAAUAAAUUUGUACCCGAGGCGGAACAAAAACGGUGGGAAAGGAAAUAGUGCCAAAAAAUCAGGCGCAGCAGAGAAGGAAACUGACGAAGAGGAAGGCAGGGCUGGAACCCAAGAUGAGGCCGAAGAGGAAUCCGAUCACGGCAAGCACAUACUGCCGCUCACCAACCAUCCACCGACUGUGGAAGCGUCGGCUAGCAUGCAGGACUUCUUCAAAAUGUUGGACGAAAAAAUUGAAAAAGGCAAAGACUACGACUCAUCGAGUGAAACUGAAGUACGCAUGGAAAAAGAGAGGCGAAAACGUUUGAUAGAUCAAUGGCGAUCCGCGUCGCAGUCUACACAGUCCUCACAAUCACAGCCAAGUCCGCCCACGCCAGCCAGGAGACGGUUGCACAGACCAGUUCCACCCCAGCCGCCAGAACGCCAGAACAGCCCUGGUACAGUCAGACGAUGCUAUCGACAGCAACACGUCCCUGAAGGCAUGUCUCCACCGCCAAGACGUUCACACAGUGCCCAAUCACACCACCCACCUGACCCUCGUCACAUCAACGGAGACAACUGGCAAGAUCCGACUAAAUCCCCCGUUAAACGAUCUCAAAGCGCUGGAGCAAAUUGGAAGAGCAACCCAAAAGUCGCUCCCUACCAGAAACCAAAGAAGAACGAAGUCAACGAAAGCCAAAGAGCCGUGCAAAAAGACAUGGACAUGUCAGUGCCUCAGUCUGUUGAUGCUAGUCAAGAUUCCCAAAUCACGUACAAUCCAACAUUCCAAACACACAGCCCAGCGCAUUCGGCGAAAUCACAGCAACCGUACAUAACUCAAAUUAUAAGUUAUCCCAUGUCGCAACAAGUAACUCCACCUUCGACGCCAAAAUAUAUAGCUCCACCAGAAGAGUACCAAGAUCCACAAAGUAAUAUAGUUGAUAACAAGUACAAUAAUACGAAUCAAAAAACGACGCCAGUGACACAAAUGAGUACUCAGUCACACAUUUAUUAUAUUCACGGUAAUGCUGCGUCCAACGUGUCCCAGGAUCUAGCGCAGCAGAGGCAACAGACAGCUAUACACUUGCAGCAGUACGUAGCUAUGAAACAGGCUCAGCAGCAGAUGUUUUCAUAUUUACAACGUGGACCCCAUACCGUGUUCCCCAACGUUGACUAUUCCCAAAUACCACAUCGUACGUACGAAGGCGAAGAAUAUGUGCCCCAAUAUGCACAUGGCCACCCGGCAAUGCGACCGCAUAGUGCGCCAACUCCUGUGGGAGUCGUCAGGCCUAUGGCAGUCGCACCAGGAUUCGCUCCACUCCCUGACGGCACUCACAUGGUUCAGAUGCCGAUGUACAUGCACAUGCCUCCCGUUGUAUCAACAAUGGGGCCCUGGAUUCCCGGACAGGGGCCAGAAAUGCAAUACUACCCGCAAUCGCCAUUCAUGCCCAUGUACCGACCGAACUCCGCGGGAUCGGCCGGCACAUUAACUAGAUAUCAAAAGAAGGAGACUAUUGAGACUGAUGGAAAGAACGUGUGCCAAAGUAUAAAUCUGGUGAGACAGAAGCAGAUCGGACAGAUUGUUUCUGUGCCGGGCCAGGAGCUGACGGUGUGCAACAACCCCAGCGACAGCCCGAGCUCUGCCUCCGUGAGCACGGACAGCGGCGUCUCCCCCGGCAACAGCGUACCGAGCUCCAAGUGUCCCGUCUUCAAUACGACGAUGACGACAGACUCUUACACGAAUUCAGUAGAUAAUAAGAGUAAGAAAGUGAAAUCAGUGCCGUUCUCUACGCGAUCGCUGAAAAAUUCUAAAAGUUUAGAUUCUUAGCGCAAGUUUGUAAUUAUGUAGAUUUUCUAAGUGUACCUAGCGCCUAGUCAAUAUGUAUAGUAAAUAUUAGAUUCGACACCGCUUAUCAUUGUAUAGUAAAGUGAGCAUUUUUUAAUCAGUGGGUGUAAUUAAUCUAAUCGAGUAAAUUAACACGAAUCAAGAAAAAUGGAGUGUGAAGAUGGAGAUGUCGUGCUUGGAGAGGUCCCGAAGGCAACAUAUCAUCAAAGGAGACUGCACCCAGCUUGCCCAGAUAACUGUUCCUAUGGGAUAUAGUGAUUCAGUACAGAACUCCAAAUUAUUCUAGCAAGAAUUGUAUCCAAUAUACAGAUAGGAACUGUUGAGAUACCCACGGAGUCAACACAUGCAGCCGCAGGUAGGAUUGUUUUGUGAAGGGGAAAAAUGUCUCCUUCCAUGACGAACUGCUCCAAGAAAUCAAUAGCAUUUAAUGAUUCGACCCUAAGCUCACCAUCGAUGUCGUGAGACUCAUUUCAAAAUUACACUUCUCGUUAAUUCUGUGAUUAUAAUUUCCAUUACUUCUAUGCGUGAUUUUUGUUUGAAACGGGUAAAUUAUUAUUAUUUAUUGACGUAAUUAUUUAAUAGGUGUAAUUCUAUCUAAAUAUAUGUUUAGAUAAAGACAUGUAAGUGGCUCUUUGAUGUGCCGAACGAUGCAUUUUAAAUUAUCCAUUAAUAAAAAUAAUAAUGUGUA